ACAAACACCCAGGCGACAGGGAGUGGUCCCCGGGCACCUGUAGUACCUGACGCCGCUGUCAGUGAGCGCUGUGUGCACGCAGACACUUUCACCACGUGCUGCAGCAGAAAGCCUAGCACGGGGACUCCUCCCCCAUGUGAGGACGGCGGGUCACAUGGGCGUGACGUCAUCAGGGGGUCCUUAGGCCACUUGGAUCUAGCAGCAGCGCAUCUACAGCGUCUCCAUGGCGGUCACCAAGCAGCUCUGGAUCCGAAUCGUGUACGCCGCCGUGGGCACGGUUAUUGGCCUGUCCAUAUUCCUGACUUGGAAUGUGGCCUUCGUGCAGCCCUGGACCGCGGCCAUGGGGGGCCUAUCAGGUGUUCUGGCCCUAUGGGCCCUUAUCACACACAUCAUGUAUGUACAAGACUUCUGGAGAACAUGGCUGAAAGGACUACGCUUUUUCCUCAGUAUUGGGAUAUUCUUCUUCAUCCUGGCUUUCAUAGCAUUCAUCACCUUCCUUGCUCUUGCCAUAUCGAAUCAUCAGUCCAUCGCUGAUCCAAAGAGUUUAUACUUGUCCUGUGUAUGGAGCUUCAUGUCUAUGAAGUGGGCCUUCCUGCUUGGCCUCUACUCGUACCGGUACAGGAAAGAGUUUGCCGAUAUCAGCAUCCUCAGUGACUUCUGACCCACAAAUCUCCUGGGACUAAACGGGGAUUCUUUUUAAAUGUCUAUAAAUAUAAACACUUACCAGCUCCUAAUCUGUCGCUCUGAUGUUCCACAGUGACACCUGGAGGAAACGACACAAAGGAAGCGUCAGAGGAGAUGAACAUUACAUUCACAUUCUCAUUUUAUUACUGCGCUCUGAUUCCUCUAUUAGUACUUUUUUUAAAAUUCACUUUGUUUUUGUUGUUGUUCGUUUCUUAACCUAUGUUGAUUAUGGGAUUUACGAAUAUUUUUAACAGUAGUAAUAGAACUCUGUCAAAUAUAUUCCGCACAGUCACUUUAUGCUGUACUCUACUCAAAUGGAACUAGACUGUAAAGGUCUCUCAUAAACGGGGCAAAGUUUCCUAAAACGUCCCUGACAUCAGUAGUGGGUUUUUUUUUUUUUUUUUAAUAUAAAUUGUGUCCCUAUGUAGGUAUAUAUACAGAUGGAGCUACACCCAUCAUGGCUCCGUCUGUGCCUGUAUAUUCGGCCUGUGCCCCCCCCCCCCCUCAAAAAAAAAAACCCCAACACAAUUUUCAAUUAAAUGAGUUCUAAGUUUCAGAUGCUUGCCGAGGUUAACUGUGGAACAUUUACAUGUACAAUAUUUUGUAUGAGGUUUUAGUAUUUUUGUGACGAAUGUCCCCACCCCCUUCACAUUUGGACAAGCCCACCUUUAAUACACAUAUAACAUUUGUAAGGGAUUGCCCCACUUACCUGAUGCUGGCCAGCACUGUUGCAGAUGGAUAGAUGGUAAUAGAAGUUAUAGUAGAUGGUAUGCCUCAGUUAUUAUAUGCAUUUAUUUGCUCUCAUCAUAUGCAAGCCAUGUUCAGUUUGGCGAACAAAUAUUUAAUUACUUUAAUUUUA